AUUUGGUUGAACAGAAAUGUAGGUGAGAUCGUAUCUGUUGAAGUCGUGUGCCAUUGUAAAAACGCCCAUGAUACUUCCGCAUGUUGUAAAUCUUUUUUAGUGAACGCGUAGUCAAUGACUUUACCUGAUUUAACUUCUUAAUUAUUAAAUUAGCUGGAUCUUUUAUCAUGAGCACAGAAAAUUCGAAACCAUUAUUUGGAAGUUUAUAUAUGUCGAUGUUUGUUACGGUGCGGGUGUUCCUAGAACGCGCAGAAACGCAGCGGAGCUAUCCAAUAAUCUAACUUAAUAUACAAUUUAUGUUGUAUAAACAUAACAAAUGUAUUUAUUGAACUCUACACCGAAGAACCAGUGUCUGCUCGUUUUACUUUUAUUACCAAUACAAGUUGUGUUUAAUGAAAAAACACAAGAACAGAAGUCUGUAGAUGUGAGUUUAUCAGUGACGGAAGAAGAAAGUGUGACUCUUGAAUCUGCUGUUACUGAAAUACAGAGAAAUGAUCUGAUACUUUGGACAUAUGGAAACACUCGAAUAGCUCAGAUGAAUAAAGAACCUGGCAAAAUCUCAUUAUAUGAUGGAGAUAAUGGGAUGUUUCGAGGCAAGCUACAUCUGAAUAAUCAGAACGGAUCUCUUACCAUUACAAACAUCAGUACUGAACACACUGGAGUUUAUAGGCUAGAGAUGAUCAGCAGUGGGCUUAUAUCCAAGACAUUUAAGGUUACUGUCAGUGCUUUUCUGCCCAUUCCUGUCAUUACCAGAGACUCUACACAAAGUCCUUCUUCAGGUUCACAAUGUGUGUUGUUGUGUUCAGUGUUGAAUGUGAGAGACGUGAGUCUGUCCUGGUACAAAGGAAACAGUUUAUUGUCCAGCAUCAGUGUGUCUGAUCUCAACAUCAGACUCUCUCUACCUCUGGAGGUUGAAUAUCAGGAUACAAACACAUACAGCUGUGUACUCAACAAUCCAUUCAGAAACCAAACUCAACAUCUUAACAUCACUCAUCUCUGUCAGAUCAUUACUUCAGCUCAUGGCCUUCACCCAGGUUACAUAGCAUUGAUUUGUGUUUUAUGUGGGACUGCAUUUGCUGCUGCUGCGGUUGGGAUUUACUGUAAGUGCAAGUCUGGAAAAGCAGUUAAAAAAGCCCAACCUGCUGCAGAGGAGCUUGAUAAUCUAACUAAUGGAAGGGAAACGUUGAAUCAGGUGGCAAAUUUACAAAACGGACAUCUUAUUCAAGGUGAUCAAAUUGCUGAGCCAGACGAUGUGGAAGGAGCAACAUUUAUUCAGGAGACAAAUUUACAAAACAAUCUGAAUACUGAGGAUAAAGUUGAUCAGCUACAUGAAAGUUCAUUUCCUUGGAUAGAUGAUGAACUAGAUGAUGUAGCAGAUAAAACAUCUAACCAGAAAACAGAUUCAAAAAACAGUCUGUAUCCUGAGGAAGAAGAUGAUCGGAUAGAUGAUGAUGUGAUAAAAAUGCUAACAGUGACAGAAAGAGAGUCGGUCACUCUACACACGGGUAUUACUACAGUAAAAGAGGACGAGGAGAUAGAGUGGAAGUUUGCUGAAUCCAGAGUAAUCGGUCAAGUUCAAUUUAAAGUCAUAGUUUUAAGGACAAAAACACCUGACGGGGAAUUCUUAUUUAGUAAUGAUGAGAGAUUCAAAGACAGACUCCAGCUUGACAAUCAGACCGGAUCUCUGACCAUCACAAACAUGACGACUGAAGACAAUGGACAUUAUAAACUACUGAUCUCCAAAAAAGAGGUUCUGAAGACAUUCAAUGUUGCUGUUAUUAAAAGAGUGUCGACGAUCAAAAGAAGCCAUACUAACUGAUAACAGAAGAAGAGCUCAUUAAGAAACUAGUAUGAAAACAGUACAUAUGACUGUAAACACAAGCUGUAUUCUUACAAUCUGACAUCAGUUUGGGACAGACUACAGUCUUUAAAGGAUUGUCAGAUUACCGAAUUGUCUUUAUUACUGUCUGGACAAAUACUGAACCGAAUAACCCCAUGCAUUCAGUGCAGAGCAGCUCCCACAUUGGAUGAUAAGAGAUGCAACGAUUUGUCCAUCUCGACUUGAAAACAUUGGGUUACUAAAAAUACAGCUGAGAGUCUUAAAUGUUCUAUUCUGCCCUACAAAGGCAAAUAACUUUAAUGGUGCAUUCACACCAACCGUGGUAGAGGCGACAAAAACGCGCUUUUCGCGCAUAGUUGGAUGCUUGAACAUUUGAGUUUACUCGUUCAUUCGCGUGUGAAAUUCUAGUCAUUCGAUACAUUCACUCGGAAAUUUGCGUCAUGGGAGGGGCUUCUGCGACUCCGCUGAGAUUCCGCUUGCUCCUGUAAUCACGUCACUACUACAGCAAGGUCCUGAUUGGUUAACGCGGCAAAUACGGAAAACACGGAUUUCAGAUUUUUCAACUUGCGCGUUUCUCAAUUCAGGCAAACCGCGCCAUCCGCGCUGCAGGAUGCCUAAUCGAUUCUUUGCAUUCACUUAACAAGUAAAUCAUUCGGGCUUGCCGCCUCUACUGCGUCUGGUGUGAACCCUGCAUAAAUCGAUAGAGUGUGGAACUGAGAAAAAUUAGUUGUUAGUGACUUUGCUUACAGUUAUUUUCUUCUUGAUGACUGAACAAAGUUGCCUUAACAUACUUAUCCACAUGAUAAAAGAGGUCUUGAAUUAUGAACGUAUUUUUGACCGUUUUAAUUUUUGAAAUCAUUUUCAUUUUUCAUUUUAUUUUUAAAUUCAUAAAAACUAAUUUCAUGAAUUUUAUUUUUACAUUUAUUAAAAAAUAUACUUUUUUUAUUCAUACUGUUGACAUACAGUAUGCUAGAGCAGUGGAGCUCAAACUUUUUUGGCAUGCAGCCCCCCUUUGUUUAUGGUGGCCCUUCCUUGUGCCCUUCGUGGCCCCCCAAGAAUAUGUAUUUUAUAAAAUGCCCUCAGUUUGAGAAUCACUGUGCUAGAGUAUAUAGUGGGAUGUAACUUACAAGAAGAGAUGUGUGUGUCACAUUCAUAUAAAAAGCUGAAGAAUUUACAUUUCAAGUUUGAGGUUACUGGAGUCUAAAAGCAAAAACUUGUGUUAUUUGUCCUCAGGUGACCUAUCAUUUCAGUUUGUUCAAGUACUGUUUUAACACAAUAUGAGAUCCUUCGUGUUUGUCAGCUUCACCAUCAGUUUUGAUAACUUGUGGUUUGGUGAAUAAGAUAAACUGUUUGUAUGCUUGAAUAGCACAUGAGCCUAAAUCGAUUAAAUAUGUAGGAGAGUAUUUUAAACUUUUUUUACAAGAUUUCAAGAACUAUUAUAUACACUAAGAGUAUAAUUACUGUAUGAAUAAUGAUUGAAGGGAGUUUACCUCCACAAACAUCUUAAAAGAUAUGUAUGCAUUCCUAAGUGCCUUAACUAUAUUUUUAUUGAAUGUAAACUGUAUAAUAGUUUAUUUAAAGGUAUGAGGCGAUAAAGUCUAAUGAACACUUGAUCUUGAUGUUAUAUAUAAGUUAAGCCAUGUUUUUACGACACCUGUUGACCUACUGUAUUGAGUAUGGAGUUUUUCAAGUGAGCUCUUUUGAUUCAUGUUUGAAGCGUGGCAUCACUUGUCAAUUGGAUUAAUUUAGAAAUAUGUUUAUAAUAAAACGUGCGCUAUGAAUUCAGGUUUUUGUGUCUUUUUAUAGUGUAUAAAGGUGCUCUGUUGUUGAAUGUACUUUUUUCAGUUUUAGAUUCUCAGAAAAGAGUCGUUUUGAGUUGACAGAACUAGCCAAAUGCCAAAAAAUUGUGAAUGUUCUUAUUACUACACUGUCAGUUAAAAUAAAAACAAAUGAAGAUUUUGGUUCCAAAAUGCGAUAAACGCCAUUUAAAGAAAAUUAGUUACUGCCAACUUCAGUAUUGUAUCAGGUCAGUAUUUAAAAGUAAAUUCUUAAUUUUACGCAAAAUCCAAUAUCCACCAUGUUAUUCUGUCAUCUUUUCUCCCUUU